AUGGCUCUGGCACGACCGACGACGAAGCUGCCCCCCGGUGCGAACAGAAUCCUGUUCGUGAAGAAUCUGAACUACCAGAUCACCGGCGAGGACCUGUACGACCUCUUCGGCCGCUACGGCAGCAUCCGCCAGAUACGCAUUGGAAACGAUCAGAAGUCGCGGGGGACCGCUUUCGUCGUGUUCGACGAUGUCAUGGACGCCAAGAACGCGCUGGACCACUUGAACGGCUUCCAUUUGCAGGAGCGCUACAUCGUGGUACUGUAUCAUAUGCCUGCCAAACAAGAUGCGGCGGCGGCGAAAGCGGAAAUUGCGCGGAGGGAGGAGGAGUUAGCGCAGCUCAAGAAAAAGCACGACAUCACAGACGAGGACUGA